CAACCGUGGAUGGUCGGAGCCGCUUUGUGCAUCCUGACGUGCCGCACGCCAUAGCGGAGCGUCUUGGCGCGCGCUCCCUCAGAGGGCUGUCUUUGGACGGUCCCUCUGCCGCCACCUCCCUGCCUUGUCUUCCUGCGGUGGUGAUAUCGGAGCUCCUCGAAGGCUGGGCAGCAGACGCCCAUCUGCUGCUCUUUGAUCUUCUGGAGGUGGCAGAUGCGUGUGGCGCUCGCGGAGUGGAGUUCGUGUGGGACCAGCGGCACCAUCCAGAGAUCUCCCUUUUGCAACCCAACCUGGGUCAGUUCCAAGGCCCCUCAUUGACCAUCCUCUUCCACGGGGCCCAGCUCACCUCAGAAGACAUUUGCCACCUGCACACGCCUCCCCCCAUCCGCCUCCGUGACGCCACGUGUCGCUACGGCACUGGUCUGCUGGGAGCAUACCACCUCUCAGACCUCCCCUUGAUAGUCUCAGGAAGCUUCCUCUACGCCUUUGACCCCUCGGGCCAUCAUCUCUUCUCCGGUUCGGCUGGUGGUGGUGCUGCUGUAGCUGGUAGUGGUGGUAGUGGUGGUUUGUCUGCUGCUCGUGGCUCGUCAGGGUCGCCUGGUGGAUCGAGGAGGAGAGGAGGAGGGGAUGACAUGGCUGCUCCUGUUGCUCGAGCCUUUUCCCUCAAAGGCUCGGGCUCCUCAAGCUUCAUCAACCGCUUUCCUGACCAGUUCCAACCCCUCAUCUUUGCCGCUUCCUCCUCCUCUUCCUCCUCUCACUCCUCUCACUCUUCUCACCCCUCUCACUCCUCCGCCUCCUCCGCCUCUCUCUGGGACGAGACCACGGUGCUGCGCCUGCCUCUACGCACGCAGCAGCAGGCGGACUUUAGUCCAAUCAGGAGAGGCCACGUGGCAGGGCCUUGGGAUAUUGUCCUGAUGGCUCAGCUGCUGCAGCAGCACGGGGCGGCGUCGCUUGUCUUUUUGAACUCUGUGGAGACGGUGUCGUUCUCUGUGUGGCCGGCCGCCGCUGCCCAACCAGAAGAGUUUUUCCAUGUCCAG